CCGAGUCAAACCCUGUGACUCGCUGAAAAGAUCCGGAAUUCCCAUCACUGCCUGGGAUACAAGUUACGAAGUUGCCUUUUCUCGUAACGUGUCUUAAAGGGAGGUUCUUACAGCAAUUUCACUUCUAGAAAACAAAAGAAGGGAAGAGAAAAGUGUAGGAAAUCUGCACCGCCGUUUAUUUAAAGCGAAACAAAGCCGAAAGUCUUUUUGACCGUGUGAGUUAGUCAUGGAGUCGGGUGAGCCCACUGCAUACGGAGCCUCUUUAGCCGGAGGAUCUUUCGAUUUCUUUAAGUUUAUCAAACAACCACUAACUAUCGUACGAUUUCUCAGCUGGGUGUUUGCCAUUGUGGUUUUUGCCACCAUAACAGCAGAGGGCUAUAUCAAUUCAAAAGAUUCGUCACAGGUGGUCUGCAUGUUCAACCAAAACGACGGCGCCUGCAAUUAUGGAGUGGGCAUCGGGAUCAUCGCCUUUUUCGCCAGUAGCGCCUUCCUCUUCGCCGAUGCCUAUCUUCCCUUCAUGAGCAGCGCACAAGAGAGGAAGCGUCUUGUGAUGGCAGAUCUGGGGUUCUCAGGGGUCUGGACAUUUCUGUGGUUUGUGUGUUUUUGCGUCUUGGCUAAUCAGUGGUCAAAAACCACUGACAGACUUUUAAUCCCUGUUGAUGCAGCUCAAGCUACCAUUACCUUCUCCUUCUUCUCUUUCGCUGCAUGGGGUGUGUUGACCUAUUUGGCCCUGAUGAGAUUUCGCCAAGGUGUUGGAAACAUCGGUCAAGGCUUUUCGGAAUCUGGUCCGGAUCACACCUCUCCAUACCAGGGAUCCACAAUCUCUCAUGAUUCCUCGCCAUACCCGCCUACUACUUACCCCUCAGACCUUUACCAGCAGCCCCCCUUCAUGGGUAAACCAGAGCCGAUUGGCAACAGUAACUACCAGCCACCAAGCUACUGACAAGAACAAGGGCCCUUCUUGAGAGAAAGUGAAAAGGGAUGAUUAAGUGUUCUGAUCAUAUGACACGCAGCAUGGAAGGAGCCUGUAAGAGCAGCAAAUGAGAACGCUUGUGUAUUGAUGGGCUCAGGCAUUCCUUGAAGUUGACUGGUUCUCCCAGUCACCAUGAAGUUAUUCUUUGUGCUUGCUUUCAGUGAUACACAGCCUUUCUGUGUUGCAAUUGUUUUUGUAUGUUUGUGUUGCCCAAAAAAAAUUUAUCAUUGAUUGCACAAAUGGUGCCUAAAUAUAAUGCAAGUAAUUGUGAGACUGCUGAAAA